AUGUAACAUCAACUAGAACAAUAAGACAUAACCAGAGUUUAAUCCUUUACUUUUGAAAAUGAAGGAUAAAAUAUUUAUUAUUAUUCAGUCUCAAAACCCUUACCAAAUGGUAUAAUUGAUGACCUAAUCAUUUGUUCAAAAAUUAAAAAGCUUUUACUUUUUUAAUUACCUAGAGUCUGGUUCACCAUGGCUCAUAAAACUGCUUAUCUGUUUGUCGAAAAGAAUCAGAAGUUUGUUACUUCUAAUUUUAUUUUAGACAUGUUUAUAUAUAGUUGGUUAUCCAAUGAUUUAUAAAAUUUAGAAUAAGAGUUAUUAAAGAGAUUGAAUAGACUAUAAGUAGAAAAUGAAAAACUUCAUCGUCUAAUAGAUAUAUUUACUCAAGAGAUGAUUUUCAUAUAAAAAGAACUGUCUCAAUAUCAAAUAAUGCCUUAAUAAUUGAAUUAUGAUAAGAAUUGUAUAUAGCCACUUAUCGUAUUUAGAGAAAAGGGAUCAUUAGAUAAUAAAUCUCUCAUUAAACAAAUUGAUGAAUUAAAUAUUAAUGAAGAUAGCAAGGAUUCAACAUUAUCAUCUUCAUAAAUUUCCCAGAAAUCUAAACAUAAAGAAAUAGACAGAAGCAAAAGUGAUAUUAAAGAAAUUACAACAAUGAUUUUAAACCAUAAAAUGAGAAAGUUUUCAAAGUAAAUGCAAAAAAUGAGUGAAAAUUUUUUUUAAGAAUUUAUUGAACAUAAUUCUUAAGAAUAAUAAUGGCAAAUUGCACGAUAAUUUGUUGUUAUUAUUAUUGAAACAACAGUCAAGUCAGAUUGUAAUAUGAAAACGAUUGAAAAAGUUAGAUUUAUUCAACCUGCAUUACUUUUUUAUAAAAAGGCUUUAUAAAUUUGGAUGUUAACAAAAUAAACUUAAUAUGAUAAGAAUUAAAAGUCUCAUUUCAAAAGUUAGAAAGUAUAUAUAAUUAUUAAAUUAAGGUAUUGUUUGCUUAAUAUUUAUGUAAAGCAAAAUAUUUUUUUGGUUACUAUUGGAAGGAUGCAUUAGUUAUACCUUUACAUAAUGUUUUUUAGUUAGCAGAACAACUAUAUCCUUAAGUUGAGAAUGAAACAAUUAUAAUUAAGGUAAAUAGUUCUAUAAAUAAUAGUAGAUGACUUCUUUUUCACUUCUUUUCAAAGAGAAAAUCUUAGCACAGUGGGAAUAAAAUUUGUCUCUAUUCAAAAAUAUAUUGAUGGAAAAUUGA